AUGGUCUCGCAUCAGCUGGUUUCUGAUCGUGGGAAAAACUAUGACAGUGUUGAUGGUGAUAGUAUUAAUAAAUAUUCAGAUGAAAGCCCAGAUUUCGAUCAGUUGGAACAAGAAUAUGAUGACUUAAAGACGAGUGAAAUUAUCGCUCCUCACAUAAGCAAUGGUCACAGCAUUGGGUCAUCUCCAAGGCACCACCAUUUGUAUGACGACAUGCAUUUGGAUUCGAUUGUUGACACAACAUAUCAAGAUGAAGAAAGCAUACUGAAAGGAACUAGUACAGGCAAAACCGGCAUAGAAGAUGUUACAGUGCGUAACAUCUAUACAUAUGAUUCCCUUCAAGUUCCCAACUACGAGGAGCCAAUCGUUAACUUAAAAGAUGCAUAUGAUGAGAAGAUCAAACCAUACGUACGCCUACAGUCUGUUACCGACUAUUUGCUGUCGUUAUUCCCAUUACUAAAAUGGAUUCAUCAUUAUAAUCUCAGUUGGCUCUAUAAUGAUGUUGUUGCGGGUAUUACUGUCGGCUGUGUUCUUGUGCCACAAUCCAUGUCAUAUGCCCAGAUUGCAAGUUUGCCUCCUCAGUACGGGUUGUACUCUUCCUUUGUCGGUGCCUUCAUAUACUCAUUUUUCGCUACUAGUAAGGAUGUCUGCAUUGGUCCAGUGGCUGUUAUGUCCCUUGAGACUGCUAAAGUUAUUGCGAGAGUCACGAAAAAGGUUGGUGAUAGUAAUCCCGAAAUCACUGCGCCCAUCAUUGCGACUACUCUUUCUUUAAUCUGUGGUGCUAUCGCUUUGGGUGUUGGGCUUCUAAGGCUUGGGUUCCUUGUGGAGUUCAUUUCAUUGAAUGCCGUGGCUGGUUUCAUGACUGGUUCUGCUAUCAACAUUGUAGCUGGACAAGUUCCGGCAUUAAUGGGAUAUGGUAAAGCGGUGAAUACAAGAGCUGCCACUUACAAGGUUAUUAUUAACAGUUUGAAACACUUACCUGACACGAAAUUGGAUGCUGUGUUUGGGUUAAUUCCAUUGGUUAUCUUAUACGUUUGGAAGUACUUCUGUGGAACAUUGGGCCCCAAGUUGGUGGACCGUUAUGUUACUAGACGUGACCCUAAGAGGGCUUCCAUCUACAAGUUGGUCUUAUUUUAUGCGCAGGCGCUUAGAAAUGCAUUUGUCAUUAUCCUAUUCACAUUGAUAUCGUGGGGCAUCACCAGACACAAGAAGAAGAAGGAUUAUCCAAUAUCUGUAUUGGGUAAAGUUCCAUCUGGUUUAAAGCAUGUUGGUGUCAUGAAGUUGCCAGACGGUUUAGUAUCUCACUUGGGGUCUGAGCUUCCCUCUGCUGUUAUCAUUUUGGUGUUAGAGCAUAUUGCCAUUUCCAAGUCCUUUGGUAGAGUUAACGACUACAAGGUGGUUCCGGACCAAGAAUUGAUCGCCAUUGGUGUCACUAACUUGAUCUCCACUUUCUUUAACGCCUACCCAGCUACCGGUUCUUUCUCUAGAAGUGCGUUGAAGGCCAAGUGUAAUGUGAAAACACCUCUAUCGGGGCUCUUCACCGGUUCUUGUGUCUUGCUAGCAUUGUACUGUUUGACUGGUGCAUUUUACUACAUUCCAAAGGCCUGUUUAUCUGCAGUUAUUAUCCAUGCUGUGAGUGACUUGGUGGCUUCCUACAAGACCACAUGGAACUUUUAUUUGAUGAACCCAUUGGACUUCGUCUGUUUCCUAGUGACUGUUUUGAUUACCAUUUUCUCUUCUAUUGAAAACGGUAUCUAUUUCGCUAUGUGCUGGUCUGCAGCAAUGUUGUUAUUGAAGGUCGUGUUCCCCACUGGACAAUUCCUAGGUUACGUAGAGCUAUGUGAGGUUACCAAUGCCGAAGUUAACAAGUCCAUUGACCGUAUUAUCAUUGCCGAGCCUUCCAAGGACGGUUCAUCCGAUGAUAACACCACGGAUAGCAACGGCAAGCCUGUCGAAAACGUUAAAAUCCAGGUCAAUUCGAACAAGUUGACAGACCAGGAGUCCACUACUGGUGCAGCCGCAGCCGCAGGAAAUCUCAACCACGCCCACUUGCAGUACCACGUCAAGUGGAUGCCAUUGGACAACAACUACCAGCACGAACUAAACCCAGAAGUGGUUGUGCAUCCUCCUCCACCGGGAGUCAUUGUGUACAGACCCACUGAGUCAUGGACAUAUGUCAAUUGCUCGAGACAGUACGACAAGAUUUUCGCAAGAGUCAAGGAGUUGACCAGACCGGGCAAGUCUGCAAGACACGUGCGCAAGGUUGACAGAGUAUGGAACGACCCAGGCGAAUGGGAGCCACCAUACUUGUUGAGAAAGCUUUUCAAGUUCAAGAAGUCCGAUAGUUCGUCUGCCGAUUUGGAAGGCCGCCAGGUACAGGACUCAAGACCAAUUUUGAAGGUGCUAGCGAUGGACUGGUCGCAGGUAAAUCAAAUCGACUCUACUGGUAUUCAGAAUCUGGUAGAUCUCCGUAAGGCUAUAAACAAAUACGCUAACAGACAAGUGGAAUUCCACUUUAGCGGAAUAAUAUCUCCAUGGAUCAAGAGAGGUUUGGUGAAUGCUGGGUUUGGUACCAUAAACGAAGAGUUUAGCGACGAAUCGCUACUGGUUGGCCAUACGAGCUACAAUCUGGUCAAGAGCCGCGGUGAGCAUGAAGAUGAGGAACAAACCGUGGCAUUGUACACGGCCAACGGUGUGAAUCUCCCCUUUUUCCACAUCGACAUGCCAGAUUUCCACAAGUGGCACUUAUAA